GAUCUGCUCCUUAUUGGUAGCACUGGAUAUGGAAAAAGCUCGACUGGAAACACGAUACUAAGUAGAAAUGCUUUUAAGGCUACAUCCAGUUUCACAUCAGUGACUAAAUGGAUACAGUUUGAGUACACGGACCACAAUGGUAGAACAAUUAAGGUCGUGGACAGUCCAGGCGUUGGAGACACUGACUUGAGUGAGGAGGACGGUUUGGUUCAAAUCAUGGAUUCCAUGAACCAAGCGAUAGCCGUGAGCCCUCAAGGCUACCAUGCGUUUUUAUUGGUUUUCAAAUUCGGACAACGCUAUACGAAGGAAGACGAGAGAACCAUCAAAAUACUGAAGCACAUUUUUGGUGAAGAGUUUGUAAGACAGUACUGUAUCAUUGUCGUAACACACGGAGAUCUCUAUAAACCUGAGGAACAUGAAAAUGCUUCGUUUUUGGACUGGAUCAGUGGACAGAGUGGGCCCAUUAAAACUUUGGUCGACGAGGUCCGUGGUAGAGUGAUAUUGUUUAACAAUAAAAUAGUCGAUUUGGAUAAGAUGAAAGAACAGGUGGAUAAUCUAAUAAGAAUGGUGGACAAAGUGAGCGUCCUUGGGCUGAGGUACACCGAUACAAAUUUCAAAAUGGCUCAGCUUGAGCGGGAAUGGAUGCUAGUUGAAUCUAAAGUCCCGGUUAUUAAUGAGGAAACUGUUAUGGAAACGAGCUUAAUAUUACAACAGCUUGGAAGAAUCCAGCUAAGGGAACCAGAAAAGCAGAUGACUCUCUUAGAGACGCUUAAGUCUAGGGCAGACACGUUGUUAACAAAGGUCAAAGAGCAGGACAAAUGCACGGGAGUCCUACAAAAUAUAAUUCUAAGCAGCCGGGAGAUUGUAAAGCUCGUGGACGAUCAAAUAAUUGCUGCCCGGGAAGCCAUGCAGUACAAAAGCAUCAGGGAAAAUGAGGAAAAAUUACUGGCGGAUCUUCGUGCUCGGCGAAACAAAGACCUUAAAACCUACAAUUCCCAGCUCAAUGCACAAAUACAGGAGCUCGAGAGGAAAGAACAAGAAAGAAGUGCGUCAUCUGAGUUAAUAGUGAGAGGUUUAAAACAAAACGUUGAGAAGGUAGAAAAAAAGGCCAACGAA